AUGAAGCCUGAGGAGCAAGAAAGGGACAUAUUGUUUCCAACAGAUGACGAGGAAUGCCAAGUCGAUGUCUCUUGCGAAGAUGAAGAUGAAGAUGAUGAUUCCGGUUCAUCUUCAUUAUCCCAGCACGAUUCCGCUCCAUGGCCUCGGAGUUAUCGUCAAUCUGUGGAUAUCUUGACCGGAGUUACACCUCCUACAAUCAGCUUCAUUCAUCGGAGAGGUUCUCAGACAUCAUUCACCAGCUCUGUCGCCUCCUUAUUCAAGAGACGACAAAACUCCAUUCUAAAUUCCUUUGCAUCCUCCGCAAGCAAACAACCGUUUCUCUCCGAGAAUGACGAUGAUGACUCAAUCAGAUCAUUCGUUUCAUCGCAGCUCAAGUUAUCCAUCACCGAUCUCUCGUACACAGAACCAGAUCUCUGCUCGUUUCCUCAAUCUGUUCUCAACGGAAUCAAUAUCCUAUGUGGAGUAGGUCUACUCACAAUGCCUUACGCGGUGAAAGAAGGAGGAUGGGUUGGUCUUUUCAUACUCUUCUUCUUCGGUAUCAUCACUUGCUACACCGGUAUUCUCCUCAAACGAUGUCUUGAAAGCUCUCCUGACCUCCAUACCUACCCGGACAUUGGUCAAGCUGCCUUCGGAUUCACUGGCCGCCUCACCAUCUCCAUACUUUUGUACAUGGAGUUAUACGCAUGUUGUGUGGAGUAUAUCAUGAUGAGCGAUAAUUUGUCGAGACUUUUCCCCAACAUUUCACUAAACAUCGUUGGAGUACCUCUAGAUGCUUCUCAGAUAUUUGCCAUAUCAGCUACUCUUGUUGUUCUUCCGACAGUUUGGCUCAAAGACCUUAGCUUACUCUCCUAUCUCUCAGCCGGAGGAGUCUUCUCUUCAGUCAUGAUGGCUCUUUGUCUCUUCUGGGUCGGGUCGGUUGAUGGAGUUGGGUUUCACCCAGGUGGACAAGCUCUUGAUCUCGCUAACUUACCCGUGGCGAUUGGGAUUUUCGGGUUUGGGUUCAGUGGUCACGCGGUUUUCCCAAACAUUUACUCUUCCAUGAAAGAUCCAUCCAAGUUUCCUCUGGUGCUUCUCACUAGUUUUGGUUUCUGCGUAUUCUUGUACAUAGUCGUAGCGAUUUGUGGCUACAGUAUGUUUGGUGAGGCCAUUCAAUCGCAGUUUACACUAAAUAUGCCACAACAGUUCACGUCAUCCAAAAUCGCAGUUUGGACAGCGGUAAUAACACCAAUGACCAAAUACGCAUUAUCUAUAACACCGAUCGUGCUAAGCUUAGAAGAACUUAUGCCGUCGUCAGUGAAGAUGAGAUCCUACGGAGUAUCUAUCUUUUUUAGAACGAUUUUAGUUCUCUCAACUUUGGUCGUCUCACUUACAUUCCCAUUCUUUGCGGUCAUGGGGGCUUUGAUGGGAUCAUUCCUCGCAAUGCUUGUGGCUUUUAUCUUUCCCUGUCUUUGUUAUCUCAGCAUCUUGAAGGGUAGAUUGAGUAAGACACAAAUUGGAAUAUGCGUUUCCAUCAUCAUCUCUGGCAUUGUAAGCGGUUGCUGCGGGACUUAUUCCGCCAUUGGAAGAUUAGUAGGAGAAUUGAGUUGA